AUGAUCAUGGUCUGGAUCGCAAAAGAUCCUGGAGCCAGGCGACAACUGCAUGACUACGAGCUGAAUACCACUGAAGCGCGAUGGCUGAGAAGUGGCAAGCGUCAGACCGACAACAAAGAAAUGUAUUGGGCCAAGUACGAGACCGGUGGCAUUGUAGCUGGUGAACACACGUCUAGCUGGAAAGCGGGCGACGUUGUUGGGCAACAAGUUCCCCUUGUGGAUCAAAGUAUUAGAAUCAAACACAACGGCAACUAUCUGUGGAUCACCCGCCGGCUGUCGCGUAGGUAUAACGAAGGGGCUCGCGUCGAAAUCAAGACGAUUGCUUAUAGGCCGCAUAUCAUUCAAAAUUUCAUUGCCGCCGUCAAUCAAAGCUUCUACGAAAAGGAAGACAAAGAGCUGCGCAUCUACCAUUCCAAGCGUAUCAAUCCAACCUGGAUGAAGCCGAUCACACGUCGUGCUCGAGAAUGGGGUUCCGUCAUCUUACCCCCUGGUAUGAAAGAAGAGAUACUUGAAGAUGUCAAGCGUUUCUUGUCGGACAAAGAUAGGAAUUGGCACGCUUCCAGAGGUAUUCCUCAUCGCAAAGGCAUUGUACUUUAUGGAGAGCCGGGAACUGGCAAAACAUCUCUCGUCACCGCUCUGGCAAGCAAGCUGAACAUUGACAUGUAUAUCGUCAACCCUGCUCAAAGAGGGAUGGAUGACGCCAAGCUAUCAACUCUGCUCCGAAACUGCCCCUCCGAGACCAUCGUCCUCAUUGAGGACAUGUACAUAGAUGGUCUACAGGCAGACGAUGGUGGAGAAGCAGAGGUUCAGCUUGACGGAGCAGCAUCGCAUCGUGAUGCCUUCGUCGGUGGAGGAGGACAGCCACCGUCGACCGUCACGAUGUCGGGACUUUUAAAUGCUCUUGAUGGUGUUUCAAGUCAAGAGGGAUGUGUCGUUAUUGCUACCACUAACCACCUAGAGAGACUUGACCCUGCUCUAAUCCGCGAAGGCCGCUUCGACGAUCACAUUCAUUUCACCUUCCUCAUUCCUAGACAAGCCCAUGAUCUCUACGUCCACCUCUUCCCCCUUGAGGACUUUGGCCCCCACACAGAGCGAAGCAACUUCGACUUUGUGAACGAAAAGUCUGAAAAGUCUGUCGUCAUCUUUACAGACCAAGCCGACCUUGAAAAGCAUGCGAGCGACUUUGCCGAUGCCAUCUUCUCGACCCCUAACUCCAUCAAUCUCCCGGCUGAAGAAGUCAAGACCUCCAAGAAGAUCACCAUGGCGGGCCUGCAGAGCUACCUCACGGGUCAUAAAUAUGCCCCAAUCGAGGCUCUUGAAGGUGCGGGCAAGUGGGUUGAAGGUUACGAGGCAACACAGCAGGAGAGGUCGCGGGUAAGGCUUACCGCUGCAAGGGGCUCUGACUAUGGCCCUGUGAAGAAGACCACGCCCAAAAAGAAGGUGAAAAAGACAGUCAAGGCGAUUGAGAGCGAAGCUGAGAGUCUCUAG